CGGAUACGUGGCAGGUUUGCCUCGACAGGUUGAGAAGAGUAAUUGUGACCCGGAAGUACUUUUUCAUCGGCAACAAACAAGCGGAUGUUCUGUUAGCCAGUUUUGUUAGCUGCUAACCAAGUCGGGAAGUUGCAAUAUUAUUGUUGACAGCUGAAUCUGGAAGAAACGAUGCGGCGUAUCGGAUGUUUACGAGUAAACGUUAACGUGUCAGGAUUCAGAAUUAAUUUGUGAAUUUUGAGAGCAGGGCAAUUACCGAAGCUAGUUAGCUUAGCUUUGCUAACGUUAUCGAGGCCAUAACGUCUCUGUUGAGUUAACGUGGAUGUUUGGCAGCGAGCUGAACUGGUACCAAAAGAGGGACGCGGCGUUUAUUAAAUGAACAGCUACUGUCGUUAACCAACAGCUGCAGUUCGGGGCAGGUCAUUUAACUUGACGAGCACGAAUUAAAGUCUGUGUUAAAGUAUAGCUAAGCGCAGGUUGGUUUUGAUGGUUUAAGCUUAGCAGUAGAUCAGUCGAAGAGAAAAUUGCAGUCAUGGACGAUUUUAGCUCGAUCAGCCUGUUCUCUCUUGCGAUGUUGGUGGGAUGUUAUGUGGCCGGGACGAUACCUUUAGCAGUCAACUUCUCAGAGGAAAAGCUGAAGCUGAUCACUGUGCUGGGAGCAGGGCUCCUGUGUGGGACUGCACUGGCUGUUAUCAUUCCUGAGGGGGUCCACGCACUUUAUGAAGAAAUCCUUGAAGGACACCACAGCCAUGGCCAGGAUGGAGUCGUGGAAGUGUCCGAGCCGAAGGGUGAAGUAGACACAGCCCUGAGUGCCAGCGGGAAACAUGAGCACAGUCACGAGCAGCUUCAUGCCUGCAUUGGGGUGUCUCUAGUCCUGGGCUUCGUCUUUAUGCUACUGGUGGACCAGAUAGGCAGUUCUCAUGUGCACAGCACUGAAGAUCCAGAGUCAGCAAGGGUCUCCUCCUCGAAAAUCACCACCACCCUGGGUCUUGUGGUCCAUGCUGCAGCUGAUGGGGUGGCACUAGGAGCGGCUGCCUCGACCUCUCAGACCAGCGUUCAGCUCAUUGUCUUUGUAGCUAUCAUGCUACAUAAGGCCCCAGCAGCGUUUGGCCUGGUAUCGUUCCUGAUGCAUGCUGGUCUUGAGAGGAAUCGCAUCCGCAAACAUCUCCUGGUCUUUGCCCUGGCAGCCCCCGUCCUCGCCAUGCUCACCUUUUUGGGCCUCAGUCAGAGCAGCAAGGAGGCCCUGUCAGACAUCAACGCCACCGGUGUCGCCAUGCUCUUCUCUGCUGGCACCUUCCUCUACGUGGCCACCGUCCACGUCCUCCCUGAGGUAGGGGGUGGCAGCCAUAGCCACGCUCCUAACGGGGGCAAUGGGGGCAAAGGACUGAGCAAGGUGGAGGUGGGAGCUCUGGUGCUGGGCUGCCUCAUUCCUCUGGUGCUGUCCAUCGGUCACCACCAUUAGACCCAGAGCUCAGGACGGAUUUAAGACGAGUGUACAGGGGGAAGAAGCGGAAACGGAGACAACAAACGUUGUGGAUCUAAAUGUCUUGUUGCUUGUUGUCUGCUGAUGGACCUCGUGGAACAGACUGGCGCUCGUUGCGGGGACAUCUUAUGAUUCGAAACUGACCUUGAAUGAGGGGAUGAAUGAUGUUAGGGAAAUCAGAAUUGCUACAGUGACAACCAAGGCACACAACGACGAUGUAUUUUCUGCUGACACUGACGCUGAAACAUCUUACAGCUACUGUAUGUGUCCAUUUAUUCCACCAGAAAUCUUUUUUGAGAGAGGCCUGAGGUGGACCCUUUAGCUCUGUUUAUUUACAUCACUGUGGAGUUUUCAGUGUUGCAUUAUUGUGCUUGUCCCAAGUCAAAGAACCAACCCUGAUUUCAUUACAGUGAUGUUUUACUAAUGGCAGUUGCACAGGGAGAUUUGGAUGGUCCUGAUUUAAGCCUGUGAUAUCAAGAAAGCAAUCUCUCGCUCUUUUUUUUUUUGAGUGUAAAUCUCUCAACAAUCCAGAUUGAUUUGAACCUGAUUUUCAAGUGCCAUAUUAGCAAGUUGAUACCUGAAGAGACGGCGCCAUAAGGACGUUCCUGUUUGUAGGAACCAUUCCUGACUUAUUUUCUUACCAACAGAGAUCUUUUUCUCGCAGCCAGCGAUGAAGCAGGAUGAGAUAUCAGCCCGAAUAACCAGCCAGAUGCUCACAACAAUUUUUGCUUUGGCUAGUGAGUUUGUCUAUCAAGUAGAGGUUUGUCCUGAUAGAAAAAUCAGUUGUGACAAGCAGUUUCUUGGCCUAAUGGGAAGCCUAUUUAUGAUGAAUACUAAUGGUGUGUCUCUCCUUUAAAACCACACGCAAUGGUUCAUGGACUAGUCUGCUGAAACCUGAGUCCUGCGUAAGGAAAAGACACAACCAGCCUUGAUGUAUCACAGCAUGAACUGUUACUUUUAUUUUAUCUGUUUAGUUUCUGCAUUUAUUUCUGUUCUGCUUUACCUGGAGAGUAAUUAUAAAUAGAAGUUGAAGGAAAAAUCUGUAUAGAAUUGUCUUAAGUGAUUGUAUAGAGUGUUAUUAAGUUAAUUUAGAGGUGGAGGUUAUUUCAGCAGCUCUGAAUGAAUGAUUUGCCUUGCAGAGGGCAUUUAAUGGAUGAAAACGUUUAGGGACCAUCGGCUCAGGAGAACAGACGUGUUUUUUUUUUUUUUUUUUUUUUUUUUUUACAAUUGCAGUUGAUUUACCCCUUAAUCAUACCUGAGCAAUAAUCAUACACAUUGAAAUUGGGGCAAAGUCACUUCUUCCUCAGGAGUGCAGCUGAGUCUGAAAUGAGUGCAGAGGGUUUGCCUUCAUCUUCAAAGCGCUUGUUAUGUCAGAUAGACGCUCUUAAACGCAGCCCUUCCCUGACCUCCCUCAUCUCUGCCUCAGCACCAUUAAAACUCUAACAGGUUCAUCCAUUAAAAUGUAAGUAGGCUGCUCCCUAUCUUAUCAGGACACGUGGAUAUUGUGAGUGUUACUUUGUCACUGUGUCUGCUCACAGCAGAGCGCAUGUGUAUGUAUGUGUACUGUACAGAGUAACUUCUUCCUUCCACAUCAUCAUGAUCUCUUGUGUGAGAUGGAACUGCUUACUCACAAAUACUUCUUUGUUUUUUAAUUUGACUUUUUGGACAUUGAUGGACUGUUCUUUGCAGAAAUGACACAAGAGGCUACAGACUGUCUGAGGAGUCUCUGUUUUAUGUAUAAAUUGAACUGUUUUACACAUGCGCAACUUGUCGAUUAAUUCAUGACGAGAAGAAACCCACCGUGAUGUUUUAGGCUUCCUUGUGUGAUUGCGAGAGAGAGGGAUGGGUCGCAUGCAGACCAGCAGCUGCAUGAUUGUUUUAUUUUUUUUAUGGGAUGCUGUAUGUGUGUACAAAAGGGAACCCCCCCACCCAAUGUGUUGCUUUACACCUGGGCAUGUUGGAGGACAGCCCCAUUAUGUGCCCAUUUCAUCUUUCUAAACAAUGUUGCAUCAGAAUCCCUGCUGAGAUUAGGCAUUUACAUGUUUCACACCCUUACGAAAAAACUUUUUUAAAAACGAAUUCAGGGUACUCUGGUGUAUGUGUUUAGGGCAGAUUAUUUUCAUUAUCUGUUAAUCUGCUGAUCAUUUUCUUUUUUAAUCGUUUAGUCUAAAAAAUGUUAGACAAUUGUGAAAAAUAUCCAAGGAGAUGUCUUCAAAUGCCUUUCUUUGUUCAACCAACAGUCCAAACCCCAAAUAUGUCCAGUUUACUAUCAGAGAAGAAGAAGAAGAAAACCAGAAAAUGUUCACAUUUGUGAAGCUGGAACCCUUGAAUUUUUGCUUGAAACCUUAUUUGAAACGAUGAAUCGUUUAUCAAAAUUGUUGCAGAUUAGUUUUCUGUCAAUCGAUUAAUCGCCUAAUUGUUCCAACUCUGUAUAUGUUAUGUGUAUGAUUUACCAAACUGCAUUUAUUUGGGAAUAUAUCAGUCUUUAAAGCCCCUGAAAACGUGGUUUAAAAUGGUGAGUAUUUCUCUAUUAGAUAAAAUAUUCAUGACAAAAUAAGCAACAAUCAAAGUUAAAGUUUUUGGGGGAAAAACAUCCAUAGCUAUUAUUUAUUAAGAGCUUAACUCUCAAAAAUCUGCUUCAUCAGGACUGUGUGGUUUGAUCAGAUUUGACUGACCCACUAACUGUCAUCACAAUUUGAUUUGAAUGUUGUUAAACUGUGAUUGGUCAAUGGAAGUACGUGACAUCACCUUUUCCCUACUGAACUCCGCCCACUUCAAACCAGUGAGAGGAGCACAGAAAAAAACUGAAAUCUCUCGUGAAAUAACCAAAACUGUUCUAACUUUGUGUACGUGUUGGACCCCGUCAUUCAUAGUAAGAAGCAGAUUGAGAAAAUAGGUAUUCAAGGCCUUUUAAAGUUCAGUCAUGUUAGUCACAUGACUUUUUGGGGCGGAAGAUGAAGGAACAUCUUGUUCAUCAUGUUGAAAUCUUCAGAUAAACUGAAGGAUUGUUUUCUGUUAUGGAUUGAGAACGUUCGUCUUAAACUACUUCUUUAAGGAAAGGUUCUCAUUUUUCAAGUCUGUCUUAAUACUCAUGCCCGGGGUUAUGCAGUUUAGUUUACAAUGGCUCAGGACUGAUAUAAUGUUUAUGAAGUCUAGUUUUUGAACAUGUUGAUCAUGUUUACUAAUGUUAGUAAAAGUUGUUUUUAUCAUUCUUGCAUCAUGAACAGUCAAAAUACUGGACUCUGAUUGGCUGACAGCACCUGCACUUCAAAUUAAAAAGAUGUAAACUUGCUGAGUCGAAAAUUUACAAUGUGUGUCGGGUCAACACUUAAAACUGGCUUGAAUUUAAGGUGUUUAGUGGUUGACCAAUCAUAAUCAAGUCUGUGGUGUUAGUCUGAUCAUCUUAAAAUGCAAUAACCUUUUACAUUUAAUCACAGAAGAGAGAAUCACAUUUUGAGAGUGUCUGCACUUAACAUGUUUCAUCAUACAUGCAUAUAAAUUGAGAAAAUGAAACUAUAGAAACUCUUUAAACUGCCAGAUAUCUGCAGGUCGAGUUUGAUGCGUCCGCUCCCACACAAACAGGAAGAGAUGAUGGCACAUAUUGGGGCUGAUUGGAAGUUUCAGUUUGGAUCAGAGAGAGUUUUAGGAUCUGGUUAAUAUGUGUAAUAUUUUCAGUGGAUGGUAGGUGUGUCUUUUAUUUGUAUUUUCUGUCAUUCCAGAAUGAGUCUGCCUUAUUUCCAUACUUUUGAUUGUGAAAAUCACUUGUAAAGCAACAUGUUUUAUGACGUCUAAAUUAAAGUUUUUUAACUGGUGAAAA